AUGGCUAAAUUCAACAGGAAACUUCAAGUUACGGUAAGACCACAGAAGAGACCAAAUUUACCUAAAGCUGCAGUUAACAUAUUAACUAGAUGGCUUGAAGAAAAUUGCACCAAUCCCUAUCCAUCGGAGUCAACGAAGAAAAUUUUGAUGGAAGUUACAAAUCUUACUAAAAAUCAAAUUUACAAUUGGUUUAUAAAUAGUCGUCGUAGAAUUCUUCCAAACAUUUUAAAGGAAAAGGAUAUUGACAAAAGUCUAAUACUAUUGAAAAUUAAAAAGUUCACGUGUUUUACUCGUAACAGUUUUGCUCACCAUUUUGAAAAGAAAACUCAAUGGUAUGAAUACUAUAAAUAUUUUAACCAAACCUACAUAUAG